UUGAAUGAAAUAAGCGAUUCUUUCCUGCGUUUCGAAAAUCUUCGUUUAUGACUGUUUCGUUUAAAACCGUGUCUUUUAAAACGAAAAGAAAUAUUCAAUACAUUUUAUAAAAUCGUUUAUUUUGUGGAUUAAAAAACAAAACAGUCGAUAUAAGGAAUAUAUUGUGAAUGAUCGUGGCAUCUUUUGAGAUCCAGUUUGUUUUUAUCAGUUUGACAGUGUGUACAAUCUGAAGAUGUUAAAGGCAGUGAUUCUGAUCGGCGGUCCUCAGAAAGGAACUCGGUUCCGCCCCCUGUCAUUUGAAGUGCCCAAGCCUCUCUUUCCUGUGGCUGGUGUGCCAAUGCUCCAACACCACAUUGAGGCCUGUGCCAAGGUGCCCAAUAUGAAGGAAAUCAUCUUGAUUGGGUUUUACCAGCCUAAUGAGGAGCUGAACCGCUUCAUAGCUUCUGCCCAGCAGGAAUUUAAAGUCUCAGUAAGGUACCUGCAGGAGUUUGCGGCACUUGGCACAGGUGGAGGAAUUUACCAUUUCCGAGACCAGAUCCUGUCUGGGGGACCGUCUGUGUUCUUCCUUAUGAAUGCCGACGUUUGCUCUGAGUUCCCCCUGCAGGACAUGCUCCAAUUUCACCACCAGCAAGGAAAAUCUCACUGUGGAGUUAUUUUGGGCACUACGGCUAACCGGAAACAGUCUUUGAACUAUGGCUGCAUUGUGGAGAACCAGGAAACAAAUGAGGUGCUUCAUUUUGUGGAGAAACCCAGUACGUUUAUAAGUGAUAUUAUCAACUGUGGCAUCUACAUAUUCACCCCAGAGAUUUUCGUCCACAUUGGGAAAGUGUUUCAGAGACAUCAGGAAGACAGGCUGCUAGAGGAGCCUCCGUGCGGCAGGCAGUUGCGAGAACUGAUCCGCUUGGAGCAGGACGUUUUUACAAUGCUGGCUGGAAAGAAACAACUUUAUGUGUACAAAACGCAACAUUUCUGGAGCCAGAUUAAAUCAGCAGGCUCAGCAAUAUACGCCAGUCGGUUGUAUCUGAACCGGUAUAAUAAGACGCAUCCAGAAAGACUUGCCAAAAACAUAGAAGGAGGCCCUAAAAUAAUAGGGAACGUAUACAUCCAUCAGACAGCUAAUAUUGACUCUACAGCUGUUCUGGGCCCUAACGUCUCAAUAGGGAAAGGUGUAAUAAUCGGCGCAGGAGUUCGAGUGAGAGAAUCAAUCGUCUUACACGGCGCCACACUGCAGGAUCACUGCUGUGUGCUUAACAGCAUCGUGGGUUGGGACAGUACAGUCGGAAAGUGGGCGAGAGUGGAGGGGACGCCGAGUGACCCCAACCCCAAUGACCCUUUCGCGAAAAUCGACAGCGAGACCCUGUUCAGAGAUGGAGGUUUGACUCCAUCUAUUACAAUACUGGGGUGCAAUGUGAAUAUUCCAUCAGAAGUCAUCAUUCGAAACUCGAUCGUACUUCCACACAAGGAUCUAAACAGGAGCUUCAAGAAUCAGAUCAUCCUCUAGAGAACCUUUUUGUUCAUGGAAAUGAUGCAAACAGUCAAAAUGAAACAAUAUAGUGAUGGAACAAAACUAUUUUAAGAGCAUAUGCAGUAUUUUAGGUCUACGUCUUGGUGUAGGUUUACAGUGUAGGAUUUUAUAAUCUAAUUUUCCUUUUUUUUUUUUUAAGAUUACAGUCUAAUGGAUACUGCAUAUUAAGCACAUAUUAAGUUCAUUUGAUGAAUGAUUGUAAAUAGUGACCUGUUUUAACAAAGGCUAUAGAGUAAUUUUCAGUUCUGUUUGCAAUAUAUUUAAAUCAGCCUUUAAUUCAAGACCAUGAAGAUUUUAUCAAGAACAGAGAGAACACUGAGCACUUAAGUAAAGUGCCUUGCUGAAGCCUUCAGAGAUGCAGAAGGUCCUUGAUUCUUGUUAGCAUGUUUACAUGAACUGAAGUGGCUUUGCAUUAUGUUCACAUACAGAUUUUUCUUUUUUCUUUUUUACAUUCUGAAGGGGAGCAAAAUCUUACUGUAUAAAGAGUUUGUGGAAUAAAAAAAUUAUGCCUAGUGUUAACUUUA